UGUUCUAAUUCCAAUAUUCCAAUUUCGAAUUGAUAACACUAUAGUUUUACUGCAUUAUUUUCUGGGAUCUAAACCAAUGGCCAAGUAUUGGAGUGAACGCGUGAAAAAUUUGGUAGACGCCGGUGACGUAGACGACGCCAUUUUACUCUUAGAAUCGGUGGUCGAAGACCAAAACCCUACUUCCGAUCAUGUUUCUCAGCUUGAAUUAGCCUCCGUUCUCUCCGUUUUGGCCAAUCUUUACUCUUCCAAAGGCUUAUCUCUAAAGGCUGACACUCUUCUAUCUCGCGCUUCCCUCAUCAAACAAGUUCAUCAAUCUCAUUCUUCUGACGCGCAAGAUGUGAUAGUCAUAGAAUCCAAUGAGGAAGGUGUUGUUCCACCACCUACCAAUGCUGAUUCCAAAUAUUCUGCUGAGGCAUUUUUUUCUUCGUCUCCUGAUGACGAUUGGGAAGCAUUAGCUGAGCGGGAAAUAAUUGUUGAUCGUGAGGCUGACAAGUUACUGUCCAUAGUUGCCUCAGAAAUUUUAACUGGAGUUUCAAAUAUUAAAUUGGAGAACACCAAAAGUCCAACUCCAAAGCGACGUGGAAGAGGAACAUUCUCUUAUGAUACAGAUAAACUUUAUAGUGAUCAGUUACUUGAUGGUUCAAUAAUUGAUGAUGUUGACGACAAAGAAACUCACCGUGGUUCAGAAGAUAAAAAAGAUAUACCUAAACUAAAACAUGGGACCGGUCAUGUUCUUGUGUUGGCUAACUUUGCACCAAGUACCAGAACAACAGACCUGGAGAAGCUUUUUGAUGUCAUCAAAAAUUGUGAUUUUGUGAUUCGCUGGGUCAACGAUACAGUUGCACUUGCAGUAUUCCGAACUCCUGCAGAGGCACUUGAGGCUCAAAGCAAUGUUCGAUGUCCAUUUAACAUGACUAUGAGGAUUCUUGGUGAAGAUGAUGUACUUCUCAGUUCAAUUAAAGCAAAUGACCUGGAACCACCUCGGCAAAGACCAAAAACCUCAGUCGAAGCAGCGCAGAGGCUGAUUGCUCACAGUAUGGGGAUAAAAUUUCCCUCCCCGAGCAAGACAGGGUCCAGAGAACAUAAAAGGCAAGAAGAUUCUAGGAGGGACCGCAUUGUUAACAGACAAAAAUUGAAAGACGAUGCCUGGGGAGAGGAUUAAUGUCUUCUAAGUGCUCCUUUAGUUGUUGAUUUGUUGUAGCUUUUUAACUCCAUUCAUUGAAUCCAUAACAAUCAUUAAAUUCUAUGCUAUGUUUGUAGUUCGUACAGAUAGCCGUAGUUUACAAAAUAAUCUACAGAAUAUGAAAUCAGGAAGCAAUGGGUACGUUAGUGGAAUUGUUCAACUUGGCCCGUUGGUAACAGAUGAUGAUAGCCUUUGACGCUUGUAUAGGGUGUAGACGAAAAUAAAACAUGUACAUAGAUAUUGUGGUAUUUGCUAACACUCAAUUUUAGUGCUGUUUUGUGUUUUGCUACUAA